AUGUCUAAAGAGAAAGAUAAACAUGUUAGAACAAAAGAAAGGGGGCAGCUUUCAACGUCGGUGAGACAAAACAUUUCACAUUCAUUUCCGAAAACUCGAACAAAGACAGGUUGCUUUACCUGUCGAAAGAGAAAAAAGAAAUGUGACGAACAUUAUCCGAUUUGUUCUGGCUGUGCACGAAACUUUCUUAGUUGUGUUUGGCCUAAAAAUAAAUGCGAUACACUGCCGAAGAAUUUCAAAAUAACAUCUGGAACAGCAGCCCACAUAAAGGCGAGCAAAUCUAGCGCAAAUACCGAAACUAGGAAUAGAGGUAUUGCCAAAUCAUCAUUCUUUGUUAACAAACAUUUAUCAAAUCUAUGUGAUAUAGAACCGACUUAUAGUGAUUUUGACGUUCCAAGUUCCAUGUGCUCGGUAAUUCCACUGAAAUUAUACAAGCAUGAAUCAUCUCGAUCUUUUACGAAGGAAUGUACUAAAAGUGGAAAGAUUCCCGGGGUGAUGUCAUUUAAAAUCAGUUUAGCAAAUGCAAGUCACAAGCAUAUGAACAAACUAGAACAAACAAUUCCUCCGAGAGUACUUUUUAUUGACUCCUUGACAUCCAGAUCUGGAUAUUCUUGUGGACGUGUCACUACAGAUAAUCAUUUGACCCGUGCCGAUAUACAUAAAACGGUUGACCAGCAAAGUAUUGACCAGAUGUUUACGUCCCUUUAUGAUACACUUCAAUCUAAAAAAUUGCCAUGGAAUUUAUCGGAAUAUCCGUACUUGGAAUCGGAUGAUACUUUGAUCUACAAUAAUUUUAUGGAUUCAUUCAUUCCAAAAGUACUUUCCCAAGGUUAUUACACGGUUAACAGCCCCAAAAUAUCUUUUCUACGAGAGGUAUUUUAUGCAUAUAGCUCUUUAUGUUUAAUGAAAAUGGUUUCAUCUUUAUCUAUGGAAAAUCCAAGAGACCACUUUACUAUUGCUGAUGCACAUUACAAUAAAGCAAUAGAAUCAAUAAAAAAUUGUUGUGAGCCGUCGGAUGUUGGCAAAAAAGUUGAACAACAGGGUAAUGCACCUGCCUUUGAGUGCGGAUGGAUGCUUCCUUGUAUAAGUAUUAUCCGCAUAACUACAAAAAAUAUCGAUUUGGUGAGCAAAGAGACUAUGGAUAAUUCAUUUCAAACAAAUUCAUGCAAUGGUUCAAUUACCGUCGAGGAGACAGAAAGAAUUUUACUCGUGAACUUUCUAUUCAGUUACGCUAUAGGAUUAUAUUUCUUACCGGAUAAUGAUUUACGAAGUAUCCCAUCACCAUUCAAGAUCUUCGAUAAAUACAGAGUACAAUUUAGCAGUGCAUUAUUUGGAAGCGAAAACAAUCAAAGGUCGUCUAAAAUGUGGCUUUUCAAUGUCAUUCAAGGCUCGAUAUUCAACUGUUACGAGAAUUUAUGCAAGCUUUUCUGGGUCUUGAGGCAUCUUGAGGAAUUGGAUCCACAAAAGAAAACCAAUUAUUUGAGCACUGUUAAACAUGAUAUGACACUUAUCUGGACGACACUUCAAACAUCUGAUAUCCAGCUGGACUCAUCAUCAGAUAAGAGGACUUCAACAUUUUUAGUAUUUGCUAAAUACCUUCACCAAUCACUAGAGAUACUUCACAUGAAGUUAAUGGAUCCGGAGUUGGGACCAAGUAAUCCUGUUAUUAAAUUUUAUGUGAAUCAGUUCGUUCAUAUUUAUAGAUCAUUAACCAAUGAUGCCGAAGUUCCUAAAUGCUUAAAAUUAAUGCCUCUUUUCAUUUGCGGCUGUGCAUCUAAAUCGUUAGAUGAUCGCGUUUUUUUGACCAAGGAACUAUACUUUUUGGGACGCGAUCUAAGCCUUCAAAUCAUUUCGACAAUAACAGCUAGGUUGGAAGACAGAUGGCGUAUCGAGGAAACAGGGGGAAAAUCAAGCUUGACAUCUUUAAUUGCAAGGUGCGGCUUUGAUAUAUGUAAAUGA